GUCCUCUUGACUGGACCCAACGGCUUCGUCGGCGCCCACGUCCUCGACCAACUCCUUCAGCACAACUACCGCGUCCGCGGGACCGUCCGCUCCCUCUCAAAAGCCACCUUCCUGCAGACCAAAUACCCACAGGCCUACCAGAACGGAGACCUCACCUUCAUCGCCGUCCCGGACAUCCAAGCCCCCGGCGCCCUCGACUCAGCCGCCCAGGGAGUCGACUUCAUCUGCCACGUCGCCUCCCCCUUCUUCACCUCGACGGUUGACCCGAUCAAAGACCUCGUUGAGCCCGCCGUCAACGGGACCCGCAGCGUCAUCCACAGCGCCCUCAAAAGCACGACGCUGAAGAAGAUGACCAUCCUGAGCAGCUUUGCCUCAGUCGUCGACAUGUCGCAGGGCGCGCGGCCUGGGUACGUCUACACGGCUGAGGACUGGGAUCCCGUGACCUCCGCGCAGGCUGCGCAGGACGGGUACUAUGGGUAUUUCGCGAGCAAGACGUUCGCUGAGCGCGCGGCCUGGGAUAUGUGGAAGGAGGCCAAAGCGAAGGGCGAGGUUAGCUGGGAUUUGGUCACGUUUUGUCCGCCGAUGAUAUACGGACCUCCGUAUCAUGAAGUUCACGAGGACAAGGGGGUAGAGGGGUUGAAUACGAGUUUGAAGGGAUUGAUCGUGGGUUUGCGGGGUGAGGAUCCGGCGUUCAGGCCUAAGGUUGCGACGCCGGGUCUGCCGGCUUGGGUGGAUGUGAGGGAUGUGGCUGAGGCCCAUGUGAGAGCUCUGGCGUUGGAGAAUGGUGUCAGUGAGAGGUUUCUAUUGUGCGGAGGG